UUGUCUGCGUUCGUCCCUUUUACACCCCGUGGCUGCGGGAGAAGCAAGUCGGAGGAGCCCAAAGGUGUUUGCGGAUCUCCCGUAGCUGAGCUGCGUUGCCUUUAAGUACACGGCUGGAUAAUGCCGCUUGCGCACGCGACUGGGCACGUGUGCAGGGGUUGGGGGGUCAGGCAGAACAAGCCGCUGCGCAUUUUAUCCAAGAGUAAUCCCACCUGAACCCAGCGGGCUUCAUGUCAAAGCAGAUAAUGGAGACGUGAAGAAUAAUCUCAAGGUAGAAAUGUCUGAACAACAGAAACAGAUUGAGAUAUUGGUGAAGCCACUGGAAGAGACCUUAUCUCAGUGCCAUGCCAAGGCAGAAGCCGCUGAACAGCAACAUGGAUUGUUGAGACAACAGGGGAAGACCUUGGGGUUGGGAAUGGAUGAGUCCACCCUGGGUGAGGAAAGCUUCAAGGACCAAAGCGAAAUCCCGGCCCAGGGAGAGAUGGAAAAAGACAAGGGACUAGUAAUUUUAGAAGAAGAGAAGAAUGCAGACCUCAUUACUUGUGGGAGGAACUUUACGGCAGUGACAUUGUAUGGAUGCUCAGACGAUGGAAACUCCUCCUGUAUGACCUCUGAAAAUCAAUGGGAUCAUACUGCAAAGGAGAAAAUAUACACAUCUUUGGACUUUGGGGACUCCUUUGGUAUGGAUGCUGGCUUUAUCAAGCAUUAUGGAACCCACACAGGAUGCAAAACGUUUCAAUGCUCGGACUGUGGGAAGAGCUGUGAAACAAAAAACCAGUUGCUUGUGCAUAUGAAGGUGCACACAGGGGGAAACCCACUUAGAUGCACCAUCUGUGGGAAGAGCUUCUCUCAGAACGGAGACCUCUCUGUUAAUGAGAGAAUCUACACAGAAGACAAAAUGUUUAUGUGCUCAGAAUGCAAUAAAUCCUGCCCCCACAACACUGUACUUGGAUGUCCCCAACCCCAGACAGGGGAGGAACCAUAUAAAUGUUUAGACUGUGGGAGAUCCUUCACUCGGAACUCUGACUUUCGUAAACAUCACAGAACCCACACGGGAGGGAAACCACAUAAAUGCCCAGACUGUGGCAAGACUUUUGAUAAGAAAUUUAAGCUAGUGACGCAUGUGAGAAUCCAUACUGGGGAGAAACCUUUUAAGUGUUUGGACUGUGGGAAAAGCUUUGCUCAGAAGGGAAACCUUGUGGUUCAUGAGAGAAGCCAUACUGGGGAGAAACCAUACAAGUGCUUGGAUUGCGAGAAGUCCUUCAGUGUGAAUGCAGACCUUAUUAGACAUCACAGAAUACACACAGGAGAAAAGCCAUUCAAAUGCCCAGAGUGUGGGAAAUUCUUCAGGACACACUCUGAAAUGUACAGGCAUCAGAGAACUCACCCAGGAAACAAACCAUUCGACUGCUGGGACUGUGGCAAAACCUUUAGUCAGGAAGCCCACCUCGUGUCACACCUGAGAAUCCACACUGGGGAGAAGCCCUACAAAUGUCCAGACUGUCGGCAAAGCUUUGCCCAGAAAGGGAACCUUAUUCUUCAUCAGAGGACCCACGUGGAAGAGAAGCCGUAUAAAUGCUUGGAUUGUGGGAAAUCCUUCCGUGCAAAAUCUAAGCUCAUAGAGCAUCAGAGGCUUCACACUGGGGAGAUGCCCUAUGAUUGCUCAGACUGCGGUAAAAGCUUCAGCCGGAAAGGGAGCCUCCUUGCCCACAUGCACUUCCAUUCCGGGAAGAAGCCGUAUGAAUGCUCCAUUUGUGGGAAAUCCUUCAUUAUGAACUCUGAUCUCCUUAGACACCAGAGAACUCACACAGGAGAGAAACCGUAUAAAUGCUCAGAUUGCGAUAAAAGCUUUAGUCGGAAAGACGGCCUGCUCAAACACCUGGUAAUCCAUUCUGGGACAGAACUGCACAUUCAGGAAAAGCCAUACGAAUGCUUGCACUGCGGCAGGAGUUACAAUUACAAACAGAACCUCAUUGUGCAUAGGAGAACUCACACUGGAGAAAAGAGAUUUAAAUGCGCAGACUGUGGUAAAACCUUCAACACAAACUCUGAACUUACCAAACAUCGGAGAAUGCACACGGGGGAGAAGCCGUACAAGUGCUCCGAUUGUGGGAAAAGCUUCGCCCAGAGGGGAGGCCUGGUUGCCCACAAGAGGACCCACACGGGGGAGAAGCCGUACAAAUGCACUAUUUGUGGGAAAUGUUUUAGUCUGAGCUCUUGCCUGAUUAGACACCAGCAAAUCCACACAGGGGAGAAACCCUAUCAGUGCCCAGACUGCGGACAGUGCUUUACUCACAAAAGGAACCUUGUCAAACACACUGCAAGCCACCAAGAAGAAAAACCAUAUAACUGCUCAGACUGUGGGAAACGUUUUGGGAUAAGUUAUCACCUCGUUCAGCACCAGCAAAUCCACUCAGGAGAGAAACCGUAUAAAUGCUUGGAAUGCGGGCAGAGUUUCACUCACAAGAGAAACCUUGUGGUACAUGCGAGAAACCACACGUCAGAGAAGCUCCACAAAUGCCCAGACUGUGGGAAAAGUUUCCCUCACAAAAAUAAUCUUGUCGAGCAUAUGGAAAUGCAUGCAGGGGAGAAACCGCAGGAAUGCCCAGAAUGUGGGGAAAGUUUCACUGAUCUUCUUGUUCUUAUUAAGCACAGAAGAAUCCACUCAGAGACAGCCUUGGAGGAAUCCUCCUAUUGGGAGAAGAUACUUUGUUGAAACGUUCAUGGACUUUUACUGCAUAUUAGAGAAAUUACACUGUAGGAGAUGCUUAGACUCAAGAAGGCCAAAUGUUAGGAAGUGUGAAACCAGUGAGGGUGGUGAAUGCCCUGCGUGAGUAUCUGGAGGAGAGAUGGCGGUUGAUGGGUUGAGGUUGAAUCCCAACAAGAUAGAAGUACUGUUUCUGGGGGGCAGGGAGCAGGCAGAUGUGACAGACUCCCUGGUCCUUAAUGGGGUAACUCUGCCCCUUAAGGACCAGGUGCACAGCCUGGGGGUCAUUUGGUCUCACAACUGCCAUGGAGGCACACGUUACUGUAAUUCUGUGUCCACGGCAGCUGUCUACCAGCUUCAUCUGGUACCCCGGCUGAGACCCUACCUGCCUGACAACUGUCUCGCCAAAGUGGCAUGUGCUUGUCUUCCGCUUGGACUACUGCAAUGUGCUGUACGAGGGGCUACCUUUGAAGGUGACUCAGAAACUACAGGUAAUCCAGAAUGUGGCAGCUAGACUGGCGACUGGGAGCAGCCACCGGGACCAUAGAGCACUGGUUCUAAAGGAUCUACGUGGGCUCCCAGUAUGUUUUCGAGCACAAGUUAAAGUGUUGGUGUUGACCUUUAAAGUCCUAAGCAGCUUCUGCCCUGUAUACCCAAAGGAACAUUCCAUCUCCAUCAUCCAGCCUGGAAACUGAGGUCCAGCACGGAGGGUUGUCUGGUGGUUCCCUCUCUGUGAGAAAUAAAGUUACAGGGAACCAGGCAAAGGGCCUUUUUUGUAGUGACUGUGGAAUGCCCUCCCAUCAGAUGUCAAUGAAAUAAACAGCUACCGUGUUUCCCCUUUUUUAAGACGUAGUCAGAAAGUAAGCCAUGGCAGCAUUUUUUAGCAUUAGUGAAAUCUAAGACACCCCCCGAAAAUAAGACAUACCUCCAUGCGAGACCGCCGAGCGCCCCAGCCAGCCAGAGGGGCCUGCAGCGCCUGGCCUCUUCUUUUCUUUUUUUUGGGCUGCCCGAGGCCUGCCGCCCCACCACCGGAACCGGCAGCUGCAGAGCGGAGCGCUCCGAAGCAGCG